CCACACAUGUCAAUUCUCGAAAUUUCUCACAAGACUGAAGGCAGGCGUUGGCCUCUGCCUCGUGUCAUUGCCUUCUAGUCGAACUGACGAACUGGCAGAGAGCUUUCAGGAUAGACACAUGGCUGCCGCCUUUACCGUCAUCUCUCUCCUGCUAUCGGUCUGCGUCCAGGGCGCGGCUCCCGUUCUCAGCUUCACAAGGAGCGACUUCCCUGAAGAUUUCGUCUUCGGAUCCGCCACCUCGGCUUAUCAGUAUGAGGGUGCUGUUGCUGAGGAUGGUAGGAGCCCAAGCAUCUGGGAUACCUUCACCCACGCAGGAAACAUGCCGGACAAAAGCAAUGGUGAUAUAGCCGCCGACGGGUACAACAAGUACAAGGACGAUGUUAAGCUCGUAAUUGACAGUAACCUGGAGGCAUAUAGAUUCUCUAUCUCCUGGUCCAGGCUUAUACCAAAUGGACGAGGUGCUAUUAAUCCAAAAGGGUUAGAGUACUAUAACAAUCUCAUAGAUGAGCUAGCUACACAUGGUGUCCAAGUCCAUGUUAUGAUUAGCCAGCUCGAUCCCCCUCAGAUCCUGGAAGACGAAUAUGGUGGAUGGUUAAGCCCAAAGAUUGUGGAGGAUUUCACGGCAUAUGCAGAUGUGUGCUUCAGGGAGUUUGGUGACAGGGUUUCACACUGGACCACUCUGGAUGAAGUCAAUGUGGCUGCACUUGGGUCCUAUGAUAUUGGGCAAAUUGCACCAGGAAGAUGUUCUGAUCCGUUUGGAUUUGGAACAAAAAAAUGUACAGUGGGGAACUCAAGUGUGGAACCAUAUAUAGCAGCUCAUAACAUGCUACUGGCACAUGCGUCAGCUACCAGACUGUACAGAGAAAAAUACCAAGCUGUACAAAAAGGAGUUGUUGGCAUAAAUAUAUAUACAAUGUGGGCAUACCCACUAACAAACUCCACUGCCGAUUUAGAAGCAUCUCAAAGAUUUCUGGACUUCUAUUGCGGCUGGAUACUAGAACCAUUGGUGUUUGGAGAUUAUCCAAGUGUAGUGAAGAAGAAUGUUGGUUCUCGCCUUCCGUCAUUCAGAAAAGUUCAAUCUGAAGCCAUUCGUGGCACUAUAGAUUUCAUUGGAAUAAACCACUAUCUUUCUGUCUAUGUGAAUGACCACCCUUUAGAAAAAGGCAUCCGUGACUUCGUACUGGACGUCGCUGCUGACUAUAGAGUUUCGAGAACGGAUCCGCCAGUAGGUCAGCAUGCCCCAACAUCUAUUCCGGCUGAUCCCAGAGGAUUGCAACUUAUGGUAGAGUACCUGAGUGAAGCUUAUGGGAACCUUCCCAUUUAUAUCCAAGAGACAGGUUAUGCAACCAGAAACGGUAGCCUCCAUGAUACUGACAGGGUUGAUUACAUGAAGAACCACAUAAACAGCACAUUGACUGCUCUAAGGAAGAACUAUUUUCCAGAGAUUUAUCCUCAUCCUGUUUUGACGUGCAGGAAUGGGGCCAAUGUGAAAGGCUACUUCGCGUGGUGCUUCCUGGACGUCUUCGAGUACCUGACAGGGUUCAGUUCGCAAUACGGCCUGUACCGUGUUGAUUUUGAGGACGAGGCGCUACCAAGGCAAGCAAGGCUAUCUGCUCGCUGGUACUCUAAAUUCCUCAAGAAGGGGAUCCGUGUAGAGGAUGAGCUCGACGAUGCGGGAUCACAUGUUGAGCAAUAAGUUUUCUACAGCGAUCCAUUGAUUUGUACAUCCUUUAGCAAGACUAUUGAGUAUUGUGCAUUGCAAUGGAAGAACACUUGGCCAUGUUUAGAUGCAGUCAGAUUGAUAUCAAUCCACAUGUAUUAGAGUGGAUGGUGGAACUUAUGUUUUACUUAACCAACAAGGAGUUGUGGGUAAAUUUUCAUACAGAGACCUUCAUCUUAUUUGCAACAUUCAUCCUUCAGAUCUUAUUUCAGUCAAAACUGCAUGUAACAAAGCGGGAGGUCGAUGCAUUGGUGCCACCAA